CAGGUGGAUCACUGGCCUGCAGAGGAUGCCCCGUAGCUGGAGUCGAGCUAAUUCCCCAAAGCAACCAGCAGGAGGCACCGCGGGGUAUGAUCCUGUGAGAUGCCAAGUGUCUUCAAGCCCAAGUAAACUUACUUGAAGUGGAAGGUGCUCAGUGCUCCCCCUGCUGGUGCCAAGACAGCAUGAAGGAGAAAGCCACCUGACUCCAAUACAGAGGGGACAAGUGUCUGACUUGGCGUGGUGGAGGAAGGGCAGUGGAGGAAAUACAUUGAGACUAGGAACCUGACAGAAGCUGGGGCCAUGCAUCAUAAAAUCAUAAACAAAUUGAUGGGAUAGAGAAGAAAUAAAAGUAGAGAGGUCCAAAAUGAAGGGAGAAGAGAAGGCAACUUCACAGAAGAGGGGAGGAAGAAGGAAAUGGGAGCAGCAAGCCCAGCUGAGCAAAUCAGAUCUGGAGUCUCUAAGUCAAGUCAUCUGAAGGUGCAGGGAUGGGGCCCUUUUUGAGCACAGCAGAAGAAUGGGACUGACUCAGUUUUUCAUCCUACCUUGCAGAACACAUUCAUAGCAUAAACAAUACAGCUAUACUUUACAAGGAAACAAAUUCAACCCUGGACUAAGACCGAGCAUGAGAAGUUCCAGGCUGAAUGUUGGGGGAAAUGAUACAUGACUGAAACAGGGGGAUUUUUAAUGCCAAUUGUAAUGACAGAUUAUAUGAAACAGCUGGUCAAAUAGAAUGAGGAACGAGUUAGUUGGCAUUUGAUGCAAUAAUAAAAAUAGACACCCUGCAAACGUUGGCAGAACCAAGCAAUCCUCAAGAAGUCUGGACACAAAAAAGAAAUGGACUGGAAUCUGAUCACUGCAGCUGUUUAGGCUUUCAGUGCACGGGAAAUAUGGUCGAUUUACGAAACUUCACCCAGAUAUUGGAAGAUGUUUUCAAAAACACAUUUCUUAACUACAUGAAUAACUGGCGCCAGAACAUGACAGCGGAACAAGAUGCACUGCAAGCAACAGUUGAUGCGGAAAACUUUGAUUUCGUUAUCUUGUAUCUCAUGGUAAUGAUUGGAAUGUUCUCCUUCAUUAUUGUGGCUAUCCUAGUGAGCACGGUGAAAUCAAAGAGGAAAGAGCACUCUAAUGACCCAUAUCACCAGUACAUUGUUGAUGAUUGGGGUGAAAAAUAUAAGGGCCAGAUUCUGAAUCAAGACGACUUGAAGUGCAUGAUCCAUGAAAACAUCAGUGCAAGGGACAAAACAACCCCUGGAUCGCCUUGAUUUCUUGGAGAUAGCACCAGUGAACACACCAGAAAGUCAUGUAUGUAAUGUAAUGUAAUGUUUUCACUAGGAUUCUGAAUUGCCAUCACAUUGUCUGAUAAAUACCCAGAGGUGUCUACGUACAGAUCGUUCCUGAGAAAUUAAAUCUACUGCUUCACUGUGAGAUUUUUGGGUGAGGCUACUUAGUCAGCCACCCGAGAAAGAAACGUAUUCAUACUCUAUUUUGAUUUUCUAUUCUGCUUGACACUUGAGAAGCAUGAAAACACCUCACAAAAUUUUCCCCCAAACUAUAGGCAGAUUUAAAAUCUGGAUGCGGAUCUGACUCUGAAUAUCCCAUAUCAAAAUAACGGACAAAACCAAAUCCCCAGAUCUGAAGACGUGAACUUCAAGGUGCUCAAAAUCUGGAUCAUGAUCCAACCAGGGCAGCUGGAGCUCAUCU